AUGUACGGCGAGGACGGCCUGCUCGAGUGCCUGCGCGACCGCGGCUACUACGUCGCCACCUCGGUCCGCGAGCCCAGGGACAGGUGGGAGUCGGCCUAUCUGUUUAACAAGAAGAAGAACGGCACGCACUACGGAAUCCCCUACCAGAAGGGCUACAGGUACUUCAUGCAGCAUUUUCCCCCCUGCGCUCUGUAUGAAUACUAUGACGGCGACUCGGCAAAGUGCCGCCAACACCCUAUUGAGGACCGCAUCAAGCCCAUUGUGGCACGCUACGACGAGAUUAUCGACUUGUAUGAUGACACCGAGCCGCGCGGCCAGCUUGCCCGUAUUAUCAGCAAGUACAUUCACGAGAAGAACAAGUCGCCGCGCCCGGACGACGGGUUUCGGGAGCCGUUCGAUACCGCCCGCUUGAACAAUGAGACCAUGCUGUACGAGGCGCUCAAGAGGCGGAGAGAGGAAAUUCUGGAAGAGGGUCAAGCUCCACUGUGUGAAUAACUCUCCGCCUUACUUGAGAGGCUCCAAGCUCCGCGGUGUGAAUAACUCUCCAGCUUCACUUGAGAGGCUCCACGCUCCACUGUGUGAAUAUCUCUCCAGCUUUAAUCUCCAGAUAGAAAGCCCUUACAGAGGAUAUGCAAGUGUUGGCAGGGACAGUGGACCGGGGGCAGGGAGAUUGCGGGUGCGUUGGAGCCCGGUAUCUUUUGGGGAGAGGGAAUAUUUUAUGGGGUACGGGUGGACAUUUUUUAGGUUAUGAGUCGAGCGACCCAUGCGAGGAUGUCUGCAGGCGAGGUCCACGUGUGCCGUAAGGCCGCGUGCCAUGUAAGUAGCUGCUGUAACUGGAGAUGCUGCUGUGUGUUGACAGACAUAGUAGCAAGUAGUACGUAAACUCGUCCCUGCUACGGCGAA